AUGGUUAUUCCCGUAAUAUGGCAACCGAUAAUACCUCAGAUGAGUUAUAUACCUGCUUUUGACCAGAAAGUAAACAUGGCUACACCAAUAUCACCAACAUAUCCACGAAAUGAUAUGAUGAACGGCUACAUGAUGAAUAAUGGCUACAGCUAUGCUUUAUUAUAUAAUGGAUGGUUGCAUCUUAUUGAUAAUACCAGAAUUGAGCAAUUCCUUGGAGAAAUGCCACCAUCUAGAGUUAAUUAUACAAACGGGUGCAUAUGGAUAUCGGUGCAUAAUCGAUCAAAAGCCAAGAAUCUGGGUGUACAAAACUUGAAUGGCUUAUACCAAGAAUUUAAGCAAAUGGAGUACAUACUGGGCACAAACCUAAAUCAAGAAUAUAUGAAACAAUUGGCGCUAAAAUAUAAUAUGUUAUGUGGGAAAUGGAUGUGUUUUGUUGAUACACCAGAUGUUGAUCGUGUGUGGUCUGUUAUUGCUCGUGCAGUUAGCAACGGUCGUCUUGGUCAUCAAGCUAAAGUUCAAUCAUCGAAUCCAAAUGGCAUAAAAACACAUAUUAUUUGUGUUUAUACGAAUAAUUUUCUUGAUUUGGACGAACGGGAAACAAUAAAAAAUGAAUUACAAAAGGUUCUAAUUGAAUCAAAUACAGUUGUUAAACGUAUUGCUUAUAAACCAGAUCUUUAUACAUACGUUGGUAUAUAUCAAAACCAUCAUAGCCUUAACGAAACAAUUGAUGAUAUUGUAUGGUGA